GUAACACCUCCGUUGCCUUCUUCUCCCAACGCUUCUCCCGUUGGCUUCGCUAUUUGCCGUUAGCCCCCUUGGAUUUUCACAGCGCUGGCAAUGACGCGUUUUCUAGCGAGGCAUCACGUCUGAUGCAUUCACGACAUCGGUACGCCAUCGUACGCGACCAUUACCCGACCUUCAGAGGCACAGGUCCCGACCACUACUCUUCAGGCCACAGGGGCACAAAAGACACGGCGGCUAUGGGCGAUAAAGGCCGCACAAGAAGACAGCGCUGCUGACGAGUGUGAGUCACUGAAGAGGCAGGGGCGGCGGCGCGGCACGGGAGAAAGUGACAGCUGGGGGCGUACGCUGACGGAUGUGCGCCGCGCCGAGCGGAGUUACGAGCCAAGAUGGCCAGAGCAACGCAAGUUUCGAGUCCGUGGUCCGUCGGAGCAGCAGAGGGUGUGGCGGUGACACGAGCCAAGAUGGCCGGAGCAAUGCAACUUUCAAGUCCGUGGCCUGUUGGAGCAGCAGUGACGGUGGUGGCGACGAGGAAGAUGCCGCUGCCUCCUCCAGGUUGCCAGCGGUGGUGGAGAACGAUCCAGCGAGGCUGCAGGCGCAGCUGCGCUCGGCCCGCAGCGACUUGGCGUUCCUGCAGACGCAGCAUAAGCUCACUCUCCGAGGCCUGCACGCCGAGGUCGCCAAGUUGCAGAAGACUGUCAAAGAAAUGCAGUUUGCCCUGUUUAACAACGGGAUGACCCUAGUGGACGAAGCCUCAUACCAGGAGAAGAUUGCCCAGCUCGAAGAAGACUUGGACAAGUGGUGCUGCCACUGUCGAUUCCUCAGUUCUCAGCUGGAACAGGCCAACAAUGCGCUCGUGUCACUCAACCAGCGGCUUCAGGUGCAGGAGUGGCAGCACCAGGCGGAGCUGUCCGAGAAGAAUUCCAUCAUCGCCAAUCUGCAGAGGGAGCUCGAGUGGAAAUGUCGAACGCUGGCCGAGUUGGAGAUGUUCACGCGAGGCCGGGGCGGAACGAGGCGGAUGUCCGGUCCUGCUGGACCUCUGGCUGCUUCGAUGACGUCAUCGUCGUCGCUGGUCGAACCCUGUGAGCUGACGCGCACUCCGUCCCAAAGAAGCCUCCCUGCCGGAGCAUCUGGGAAGGCUGCGUCCACUUCGGCACGCAAGAGCAGUCACAGGCUGCCCGUAAUCGUACGUGACCGGCCCGCUAAUGACGAUGACGACGACGACAUUGUCGCCCAGUCGUCGCUGUCGAGCGGGACGACUUCUAGGAGCGUCACACCGCGCAGGCACCACACCGGCGCGCGGGCAGCGUCGGCCAAAUGCCUACCGGUCACCGUCGCUUCGUCUUCAUUCUCGGCAAGCAGCAGUGGCAGCAAAAUGAAAUCAGACCAGGCGGGAGCGCGAGGGACAGUCGAGACUGACCGCAGGCGGGCCCAGCUGCGGCUACCGCCCUUGGUGGACCCGACCCGGGCCCUAGCGUUUCCGGCUCGGUCACUCGUCCACCACCAGUUGACCGCGGUUCACUGCGACUCCGGACUCAGCACCGACGAGGAGCUGUCUAUAGACCGCGUUCCGUCGCCCGAACUAAAGCCCAAGAAGAUGGGUGGCAGGGUGGUUGAAGUGUCCACCAAGUGACGAUUGUUUUUUCCACUAGACUAAUGCUAAAAACGGACAGCUCGUACGGACGCCGGGUUGUUCGGCUGUGUAUACGGAAAACUUGACGGUAGUUCUGUCCAAAGGCGCAGGAUGUUGUGGUUUUAUAGUGUUUCAAAAUAAUACUUACUGUAUAGACUAAGCCAUAUUAUAAACUUGAUGCCAUGGCGUCCAACAA